AUGGACAAGCUGAAGGUCUACAUGCUUGGGAAGGGCAGUGUGACACUCGGAGAGAGCAUUGAAGCCUUUCUUAGCAAGUACAAAGAGGCUGCUUCAUUUUCUCACACUCCAGAUGGAAACAAGGCACGGGUGGGCCACUGCGUGCACGGUGUUGUUGACAGGCUGAAAAUAAUUAACGACCCCUUCCUGCCACAUGGUGUCAAGUUGUACGACAUGAAACUCUUGCACCUCUUGACCCAUUACAACCCUGCAAACAGAACGAAACUGCGUGACGACUUGUACGGACUGACCUACCUGGUUGAGGCCCUGAACUUCCUACUGCAGCCGGACAACAACCCCAUCAAAUCACUCGAUUCUUUGCAGGCAAGUUUGUGCAUUGAAAUCCUCAAAAUCCUCUUUAAUCUGACCAUCAUUGAAGGAACUCUGGAUCAGGACAAAGAGACCCAAUUCAUGAAACUGGUCGGCGUGUUGAGGGGCCUUUUGGUCUGCCCCAUCCAGUCCAGUGAUCUGAGAGACCAACUUCACAACCACAUUGUCCAGCUGCUGACUGCAGUUCCCAACAAAAAUCUUCGCGAGCUACUGAUCUCAGCCGAGGUCAAGAUCUCUUAUUGCAUAGGCUGCAGGGACAGUGAAUAUAAAGACAUGAACAUGGAUGCCGUCAUAGUUCUGCUCGAUUUCUUAAAGAUUCAGCUAGUCAAGUUGAAAGCAAAAAAAGCAUCAAAAGAAACCAUCUGCCCCUUCUUGUACAGUUUCUGUCGCAUGUGUCGUAGCAGCAGAAUCAUCAGGGACUUCUGCAGAAUGAUGAUUCUUUCAAACUCAGAAGAUGGUGCGGAAAGAUUAUCAGAAAACGGCGAUCCGCUGAGGAACAGGCUUUAUAAUCUCUUCAGUAACCCGUGUGAAGAAAUAAAAAUUUUAUCUGUCAACUUUUUCUACAUCCUCUGCAAGAAAAACAGAAGUCUGUUCAUGAAAUACACUGGAGAGGACAGCGUUGAAUUGUUGGACGAGAUGAAUUUGAUUGUCUGUCGGAGUAGUAGCUCACAAUCCACUAUCUUUGAUGAAGUUGAGGACGAAAGUAAAUGGAGUAAAAAGUCAAAACUUAAACCCCUGCAAUUGUCAGUAGCAGCACGCAGACCUCCAAUUGCCAUUUCUGUAUUCGACUUUGUUUUGAUGCAAAACAUCAAAAAUUCUUUUACAAAUUUUGUUUAA